AUGAAUCCUGUCGCUUUAUAUAAUCAUGAACCUCUCACUUCUGCAGCUAAACAACAUCAGUUUGAUCCAUAUGAGAUGAAUGGCGGCACAUCGUUAGUUAUAAAAGGUUCUGAUUUCUGUGUGGUUGCUUCCGAUACCCGUCAAAGCGUUGGUUUUCAAAUAAAUUCACGUUAUGCACCCAAAACUUUUAAAUUAACCGAUAAUGCGGUGAUUACCGCAAGUGGAUUUUCUGCCGAUAGUCUCGCGUUGUUCAAAAAACUUAGUCAAAACUUGGAGUGGUAUAAACACGCUCACGAUAAGGUAAUGUCAACACCAGCAAUAGCUCAAAUGUUGUCAAAUACUUUAUACUAUAAACGAUUUUUUCCAUACUAUUCAUUCUGCUUGGUGGGAGGGAUCGAUGAACAAGGUAGAGGUGUUGCAUAUAGUUACGAUCCAAUGGGAUCCUAUGGACCUGAACCCUAUAAGUCCGUUGGAUCUGCUUCAACGUUGAUUCAACCAUUUUUAGAUAAUCAGGCAAGGGUUGGACAUCAAAAUCAGCAAAUUGUUCAACAAAGCGAGAUUUCUCUGGAAUCAGCUAUUAGUAUUACAAAAGAUGCGUUCACAUCAGCGUCUGAAAGGGACAUUUACACUGGCGAUUUUCUUGAAAUUUUUGUCAUCAAACAAGGUGGUGUUACGGUUGAAAGAGUUGAUUUGAGAAAAGAUUAG